UCCAGAUAACAAACAACUCAAAGAUUCCAUCACUGAUCUCCAGAUGUCACGACACACAGUUGAAACCAGAAUAUCAGACAUAAAUAAUGCGCUUGAAUCUGAUCUACAUGCAGACCUGAACGCAUGUGCUUAUUUUAGUGUAGCAUUAGACGAGUCAUGCGACAUACAGGACAAGCCACAGUUGGCAAUAUUUGUACGAAUGAUUUCUGAGGACUGCGUGGUGAAAGAAGAGCUUCUCGAUAUUGUCCCAUUAAAAGACAGAACUCGCGGCACUGACGUAAAAGAAGCAAUGAUGGAAGUAUUCAAAACAGCGAAUAUGUCUUUAGAAAAACUCACCGCAAUAGCCACGGAUGGAGCGCCAUCGAUGAUUGGUUCUGUGAACGGCCUUGUGGGCCUUUGUAAGGGUGAUGACCUCUUCCCCGAUUUUUGGAAUUUUCACUGCAUCAUCCACCGGGAGCAACUCGUGUCUAAAACACUGAAUUUAGACCACGUCAUGAAACCUAUGAUGGAGAUUGUGAACUACAUCCGCACGCAUGCCCUUACUCACCGACAGUUCAAAAAUCUCAUUGCUGACCUAGACGGAGACUUGCCAGGUGACUUGCCACUGCACUGCGCUGUAAGAUGGCUCUCAAGAGGUAAAGUGGUUUCACGCUUUUUGGAGCUUUUGGAACCAGUAAAAUUGUUUAUGGCAGAAAAGAACAAAAGUUACCCUCAGCUCUCAGACCCCAAAUGGCUUAUGGAUUUGGCUUUCUUAGUGGACAUGCUUUCACACUUGGACAAACUAAACCUGGACCUGCAGGGGAAAUUAAAAACUCUUCCUGAUCUGACACAAAGUGUAUUCUCCUUUGUUAACAAGGUGAAGCUGUUCAAAGUGCACAUUCAAAAUGGCAAUCUGUCCCAUUUUCCUUCAUUGCGCAGUGCCCAGCAGAAGGCUGGCAUUAGAAUGAAUAUGGGUCAGUACGUGAAAAUGCUUGCGCGACUGUACGGGAGCAUUACUUCGCGUUUUGAGGACCUGCAGCAGAAAAGACCACAGAUCGCUCUUCUCAUUGACCCUUUUAAUGCAGAGGCAGACUGCCUCAAAUCCCCGCUUGUCACUGAUGAGGCAGCAAGUGAACUGGAGAUGAUUGAGCUACGCGAGGAUGACAGACUGAAAUCUCUUUUGAAAGAAGGCCCUGUUGCGUUUUGGAGAGUUGUGCCAACUGAAAAAUACCCGUGUGUAAAAAGAGCCGCCCUCAAACUGCUGUCGAUGUUCUCCUCAACAUAUGUCUGCGAAUCCCUGUUUUCUACCUUGAAACACGUGAAGUCCAAGCAUCGGUCCGUUCUGACUGACACUCACGUAAAGGAACUGCUCCGAGUGGCUACAACUGAAUACCAACCUGAUUUGCAGAGGAUUACUAGAAACAAGAGAUGCCAGAAAUCCCACUGAGAUUAUCACCCCAUCACCUCCAGCAAGGUCAGCGCGUGGUGUGGCUCUUGGACUUUCACAGUUAAAGAUUUCGGCUCUUUGUGUCUAACUUGUUCGCCACCCCUGGCU